AAUGGUAAAUAUUUAUGUGUAUUAUAUAUUUAUUAUUUAAAUUAAUAUCAACUGAUAUUGGUAAAUUAAAUAAAAUGCAGCAUGAACAUGUUGCACAAAUUUGAUAAUGAAUAUAAUACAAUCCUCAUGUAGAUUGCUAAAUGAAAUAAAAAUUUACUCAUAAUUAUUAUCUUGUGUUUUUCUUAAGAUGAAAUCUGAUUCCUCAUAUACAAAAAAGUCACCUAAAUUUAAAAUUAGUCCACCCUCUUUCUCUUUUAGCUUCGGUAAAUCUGGCAAAGAUCAAGUUCUAGCAUCUUCAACAAAAGCAUUGAAUGAUGAUUCAAUAAUGGAUGACCCUUUGAUGGAAGAACAUUCUAAAUAUUUGAGAAAAAAAUCAUUUACUCCAUUAGUAAAUAUCCCAGAUCUUCUAUCCUCUAUAAAAGGGGACACUUAUUUUAUAUAUGAUAAUGAUGACUAUCAUUCAAAUUUGCAAUAUACUACUGCACCCUCAUUAGAGGCUCUAAACUCUGCAAUUAAUGCUAAUAAAUAUAGCCUUGGGUCUAUGUCAUUUAAAACUUCUCCUAGUUCCAUAGUAUCAUCCACUAGUUCUUUAGCCUCUGCCACUAAAAAAAUGGUAGCUUCCCUUUCUAUAUCACUCCCAACUUACACCAAACCAUUUUCAUCUCCUGCCUCCCCUAAAUUACCAAAAUCACCACAAUUAACUUCAUCACCUAACAAUGUUAGAGAUAAUAGUUAUAAAGAUUCUGACGAGAAGAUAAGGUCUAGUUCUGUUUCUAAAUCCAAGCCGUCACAAUUACCAUCCUCCAUUAUUCAGCUUGAUUCUCAAUUUGAAUCCCCAUCUCAACGUAUUUUACAUGAUUUUGAUGCCAUCUUAUCCUCUGGUGACCCUCAGAUGAUUAAAGCUUACAUGAGAAACAAUAACUGGCCUAUAGAUCAACCCAUUAGAUCAGAAAUUUGGCAAAAAUUAUGUCUCAAAGUAGGCGGUAAGAAUGUAGCUACUGCUAAUAAGUUUGAAGACAUUUUGGUCCAAUACUUUCCUCAAUUGAUUGGUAAAGCCAAUGAUCAACUAACGGAUCAAGAUUUUCCUGUUCCAGCCUUCAUAGAUACAAGAUUUAUGUCGCAUUAUCACCUAAACAAUGAAGGAAAAUUAGGCGUAAAGAGGAUAGUGAGCAUACUAGAAUUUACUCAUCCGGACAUAUCUUACGCUCCUCAAAUCUAUUAUUUGACGGCCAUUUUUCUUCAUUUUUUAAACGAGUCGGUUACUUAUAACUGUCUUUGUCACUUGCUAAAUUGUAAAUCGGAUGCUUUAUUCGUGUUUCAGACCCGCAUCGGAUACAUAGCUUCUGGAAUGGUACUGGCGGAAUUGGCUAGAAGACACGCCUCGUCAUCUUACGACCACAUAGCGGAUAAAGUUAGGAAAUGCUUAGAAAAUGACGGCAUAGGCUUAAUUGCACCUCCCCUUGAUUUUCUUAAUGUUACCUCUGGUUCUAGUUUUUCGCUCGAUGAUUCGAAAAGAAAUUCUACGUACAGCACUACAUCAUCCGGGAUCGAAAAAGAAUUCGUCAAAGCUGUUAUGGAGGGAGUGUUCGCCCAUUGGCUUCAAUGGAUAUACAGAGAUCUGCCUUUCGAAUACCUGGUCAAAAUAAUGGAUAGUUACUUAGUUCAAGGAAGCAAAGUUCUAUAUCGCAUAGCUCUUGCCAUACUGAUUCUCUUCAAGAAAGAAGGCAAAAAGUUAGUAUAUUCGUCCAAGCCCGUCGCCACUUUGACAAAAUCGCACCAUUUUUCGGCUUUAGAUUCUCAACAAAAUAAUCAAACAACCCCUCGCAAUAUAUCGCUUUUUCAUCCCCCAAUUCAAAAACGCAUUCCGGAAGCGGAAACGAGUACUCUGAAAACGUCUUCAUCCACAGCUACCAUUACACAUGGUGGUUCUACUGAAGUGGAAGAUGAUGAUAUGAUUGACAAAGAAAUCCAAGGAACGGAUGAAGCGAAUGACACAACCGUGAUGGUAGAUCCUAGAAAUAGAGAAUCAGCAGAUAUGGGGUACAAUAAAGUGUCCAAAAAGAUACAUUCCCAUCGACAUGCGAGGCAUCACAAGUAUUCCAACCUCAAAAAACAACAUUCCUCCAAGAGCGAAGAAAACGAAGAAGAAUCGCUUGAGAAUCCUAGGGAAGAUAAGGGCAAUAAAGAAACGGAACUUUGGAAAGAAAAUGACGAAAAUCCUUUUCCUUUAAAAAUUUUUUUUAAUAUUUUUCCUUCUAAGGGAAGCGGUUCGGUUAUAAGCCACGUGACCAAUAAUACGGAUAAUUGGACGGCAAAUUUAAACGAUAAUUCCAACAAUAUUUGCGAUAUAAUGAGCGCGACAUCCAUAUCUCACCUCAGGUCCGGGAAAAGAGAUAAAAGUCAAGCUGACGCCACUGAUUUUACUUCUCAAUCUCUUCGCACCGAUUUGCAUAGGCGGUCUACUAUUUCACCCUUAGACGGGUAUUACGAAUAUCCUAAUAUAGGAGCUUUUAUAAGCCGAUUUUGUCAAGACCCCGAUUUCUCGCCUAACAAACUUUUGAGAAUAGCGUUCGGUAUAAGAGGCCUACGGUCUCACACAAUAGACGAACUUACGAUGAAAUACGAAUCAUUUGCCAAAGAUAGGGUUUCCAAUUUAUUUUUAGCGGCAGCGGCCGCUGAAAAGGGCUACAGUCGAAAUGACGAUUCUGCUCGAUCGAUAGGAUCAAUAUCAUAUUUACCUCCUCCGCCUUAUUGUGGAUCAGAAAUACUUGACAGGGACCAGUUUAGAUACAUAUGGAAUUGGAUUCCUAUUCGGUAUACCAUGUACGUUCCUCAAAAACUAUUUUCUACCAAACAGGAUGGAAUCAGCCUCAAAACUUUCUUCAAUAAAGUGGAUGGUGAAGAACCUACGCUCAUAUUGAUCAAAACAUUUGAUAACGAAGUAUUCGGUGCUUACUGUUCUUACGAUUGGAAAGGUAGAAACAAAACAAAUUUCUUCGGUUCCGGUGAAACCUUCGUUUUUACGAUUAGCCCUCAAAUCUAUAAAUAUGGUUGGAUAGGAUUAGCUAAAAAUUUCGAGAAUAGCAUUAAUAAAGACGCCGCUGGAACGUACAUGUUUCAAUGCGCUACUCACGAUAGGAUUAUGAUCGGUGGAGGGGGAAAAGGGCAUGCUCUACAGUUCAACAAUUCCCUCGAUAAGGGUACAACUCAAGCUUGCCAAACGUUUGAGAGUCCUCAACUUGCUCGUACCGACAUUUUCGAUAUUAAAAUCUUAGAAGCUUUGGCUUUUAAAUGAAAGCUCCUUUAAAACCCAUAACUUUAAAUGAUCUUUUGAUUAUUCAUAUUUAAUAUAAAUAAUCUCAAAACUCAGAGUGCUUAAAAUGGUUUAUAGUUUCACAUUAUUUUUUUAUUAUAUUAAAGUUAAGUUUAUAUAAUAUAACCAUUGGAUUUUUAAGUCUAACUUAAUUUUAAAUAAGGGAAAUUAUUUUUCCUUUCCCGUUAUUAUAUAUGUUAACGGCAAUGUUUCAUUUUUUACCACGUUUUUUAAAAUUUAAAUAUAUGAUUUUACCGAAAAUGUAUUCCAUCAUGUUUGAAUACCUAUAUUAGGAAUUGUAGAUAAUUUUACCUUUAACUUUUGAGUCAUUUAAAAAAUCUAUGGAAAAACGAAUAUAAAUUAUAUUGAGUUCAAAAGUUCAUGGCAAAAUUGUCUAAAUUCAUAGGGUAAGUAUUUCAAAUAUAAUAUGAUACAUUUCCGGUAAAAUCAGAUUUUAUAAAAAAAUCGCUCUCAAAAAAUAAUUGUAAGUUGAAAAAAUAACACAAUGCCGGGAAAAACACAUUGCCGCUAACAUAUAUAAUUGAUUUAAUAUAUAAUAGCUAUUUAUAUAUUAAUUCUUAGACAAUUUAUUAUUCAUUUAUUAUGGCUAUGAUUAACCCUUAUUUAUUGUAAAAAUUUUUUAAAUAUUUUUCGAUCAAGAGAAUUAUAAUAAAAAUAAAUAUGUAUAAUAUAUCUAUUACUUUUCAUACUAAUAAAAAAAUUAUUUAUGUUUUAUCGGAUUUUAACUUUAUUCCGUAAACUCAUGUAAAUAUAAAAAUUUUUUUUUAAUUAUAAUAU